AUGCAGAAUAUGCGAGCGGUUGUCUUCCAAGGUCCUGGCAACAUCAUUGUCGAAGAUAGAGCAGUUCCCCAAAUUCUUGACCCGAAGGAUGCAAUUAUCAAGGUGAAGGUCGCUGGAGUUUGUGGAAGUGACUUGCAUUUCUAUCGAGGUCACGAAAAGGUCCAGGCCAAUUUCAUACCGGGACAUGAGUUCGUGGGUUCAGUUCACGCGAUCGGGGCCGACAUCAAGAAAUUGAAGGUGGGCGAUGAUGUUGUGUCACCAUUUACAACGCAGUGUGGCAAUUGCUAUUACUGUGAGCGUGGACAAACCAGCAGAUGCGAAAAGGGCCUUCUAUUUGGUUCCUGUGGGACAGGUCCCGAUGGAGGUCAAGCUGAGUUUGUCAGGGUGCCGUUUGCCGAUUCAACUCUAGUCCAUGCGCCAGGAUCUAUAAGCUCCGAUCUCUUGAUCCUGAUGUCUGAUAUCUUCCCCACCGGCUACUUUUGCGCGUCCCGCUUUCUAAAAAAUAUGUCUGCCCAAGAGGCACAAAACAGUGUCGUUGCUGUAGUGGGGUGCGGACCUGUAGGUAUUUGUGCUAUUGCCAGCGCUUUGACCUGUUGUCCGAACGUCUACGCCAUCGACAUGGUUCCAUCCAGGCUCGCUGAAGCCGAGAAGAUUGGCGCUAAGCCAUUGCUGCUGGAUAAAGAUCCCGAGUCUACUAUUAAAGCAGCCACUGGCGGCAGGGGUGCAGAUGUGGCCUUGGAGGUGGUAGGGACAGAGGAGGCGAUGCAAGUUUGCCUGUCUUUAAUUCGCCCUUUCGGCUUUGUGAGCUGUGUUGGAGUAAGGCACGGUGACUAUAUAAUACCAGGAUCACUGGUAUAUUCAAAAAAUGCUACCAUUGCCUGGGGAAGAUGUCCCGUGGGAGGAAUUUUUGAGGAAGCUCUGGGUUGUUUGGUGAAAGUUCAGGACAAGGUCUCAUUUCUCUGUGAUUUACAUAUGAGCUUGGAGGACGCACCACGAGCAUAUGAUAUUUUCAACCGACGGAAAGUUCAUAAAGUUAUUCUCAAGGUUUAA